AGGAAAAACGGAGCAAUCUAAUCUAAAGGGGAUACAAUCUAAUCUAAAGGGGCUACUCCCUUGCGUCUGUGAUCACGUGCUUGUUGAAGGAUUUUUCGAUACGAUGAGCCAUAAUUACGAAAACUGUUUUAGCUUGAUUUUUUCAAUUUCCGUGUUUCCACUUCCAACAUGGACGACGAGUUCCUGUAAACAAAAAACCUGAGAAGAUCCUCCGGACGCCUUCACCAAGGGGGUUCUCGCGGGGUCAGUAGUGCAGCUACAGGAUGCUGCAAUCGCCAGCAACUACCUUGGUCGCAGUGAGUCCGAAGGGGAUGUGCUUACGCCUGGGACUGUCGUGACCAAAAAGUUCGUCAAGCUCAAGAUGUUGAAGGGAAAAUGGUGGUCGCCCUUCACGAGGAGGUGAAGGACCAGCUACCUCCAACAAUAGGAGAGGAGAAAGCGCCACCAGUGAAAUAAGAGUAGACUGAAUCGGGCACUCAUUAUGUCAACGGGUCCCAUGUAGACGGUGGCAAUUCCGAGCCCAAGACAAGCUUCAAACGUCUUGUAGUAGAUGAUAUCAGUUUUUAUUAUAGACCGAACGUCUAAGGAGGAAGGGUUGGUGGAGGUGGUGGCUGAAUUUGUUCACGUGCUAGAAGGUGCUGCACUACUUUCUGAGUGUGCAGCUAUUCCAUCAGUUCCACUUGCAGAUGGUGCUCGCCUUUCAUGAGGAGGUGAAGGAUCAGCUAGCUCCGGCAAUACGCGAAAUGGCUGUAAACUUCCUCACGCCCCCUCAUGCAGAUCCGUUGUUUGUUGUGAGGAUUAAGGCUAGGUAAUUACUUGCGAGGAUUCAGACUAGGUAAUCAUUACUUAGAGUCUCGGUGAAGGGAUCCAACAACAUCCAUAUCUUGAAUAGGAUCUUUGAAGACGAUGACGAAGGAUAGAUUAAAUUUGAGUCAGGAUCUGAUGGGGGAGCCUCCAGGAGUAUUUUUUUAUAGAGCAUUUGCUAAGAUGGAUGAUGGAUGGCAUGCUUGUCCCCUGGCAUGCCUUGCAUGAGUCGAAGGGGGUCAGGCCGAGACCUUCUUAAGGCCGAGCUAAACGAGCGCGAGGACUGGUGGCGCGGAAGCCUAGUGGCUCUUUCGCGCUGUUCUCUGCUGUUUUUCUGGAGGCUCAGUCGCGUUUGUUUCUAAUGAGUUGCUUGUUGCAUUUGUCCAGGGAGUUCAGGAUCUGAUGGGGGAGCCUCUGGGAGUAUUAGUACUCAACAAACAUCACCAGACUCUUUAGAUUUUCCACCCUUCUUCUCUCUAGCGGAGAAAGGGGGAGCAGCAGGUAGUUUGGCGCGCGCCAUGACGGACAGAGAAAAUUAAGGCUACCGCUGAAGCAUGUCCUUACAGUAUCACCCUUGGUUCUCCCCAAGAUAUGACCGAGGAACUGCUUCGUUUAACAACAAAGUCAGUAUGGUUCAAGUUGUGCUUUGUGGCAGAUACUAGGAACAGUAUGAUGCAGAGUUUUCUUUGUCAAAAGAAAAGAAUACUCUUAUGCUAGUCCAGACUGUUCGCGUUGUUUUAAGAGUCACGACUCUGCUUUCGUGCCUUUACUACAAAUAAAUGAUUUUAGAUUCCGCCGGUUCAGUACAGCCCAGAACUCCAACAUCGGACACAGAGGCGGUGGGCGCGUAAGCGAGCCAAUCUUCACUCCACAGGCACGACAAUACUUUGUCACAUUUUCCUUCCUCGCUACAGUGAUCCUGGAACGAUCACAGCAGGAGCACGCACACAACACUGGUAGUUUCGAAAAAUAGUCCCGCAUUCACAUUCUAUCCAUCCUUUGCGUUAUAUAUAAUGAUUGGCGCCUAGUAUAGGAUUGACUGUUUCUGCGCACAGAACUGGCGUGCUUACGCCGAAUAAGAUCGACGUAAAUGCGAUGGUUUUACUAGAGAAACUUUUGAACAAAUUUUUAGAAUGAACCGUAACACUCUAUCCUGUGCAGCCUUAAGAUAUAUGCACAUAUGAUGACUUUUUCCGCUGG